UGCACCAUCAGAUACGGGAUAAUUAAUCUGAGCCAGGCCGGUGGGGGGUUUGGGAGCCUAGCUGCUCUUGUCGGCUCUGGGAGACAAUAAGAGAAGCCCAAAGAUCUCGGGGAAGAAAGGAAAAGAAAAGACACAGAGGAAAAAAAAGCUUUUCUGUUUAUCCUUGGUGCAGAAAAGAUUAAAAGCAAGAGACCAAGCGGAGGAGAUGUUUGGGGAAGGAAGUCAUCUUUAGUUCACGGUUCACUCGUUCACAUAGACAUGCACACCAGCAUGCUGGUCCAUGGAGGAGUGAGAAACAACUCCCAGCUGGUCUUUGUGUAUGUCUUUUAAGAUGUGUGAGAUCUUCAGUGCACAGUGGAAGAGACAUGUAGAGGGACAGUGUUUGUGUCAUGUUAUUGUGUCACUGAAAUGGGCGUUGUUUCUGGAGAUGCUUCUCCCUUACCUUCUGCUCAGGUGUUGAGAUGAGUGUGUUUAAGACAUUCAGCAGUGUUGAACCAUGUCGAUAGUUGAGCACUGGACACUGGGACCAGCAAAGUUGCUAAAGUGUUUUUGUUGCUCUCACCUUUGAAGACCAUGUUAAAGUUUAAGGCGUUGUGUUUGGAUUACUGGCAGGUCUUGUGCCUGCAGCCCCUCAGUGGCUUCUACAGAAGUGUGGAGGGUGAUGGUGCUGGCUGUGAGGCAGGUGCAUCUCUGGAAAGCGGAUACUCUCGUGGGCCGGUGACACGCAGCUCCAUCAUCAGCACUGAGCACUUUGAGGCACCGUCGCUUUAUGCACACGAGGUCCGUCAACGCCCGCGUCGCUCCAAACUCCAGCACUCACAAUCUAUCCUCCGCAAACAGGCUGAGGAGGAGGCCAUCAAACGCUCACGUUCACUUUCCGAGAGCUAUGAGCUCUCCACUGAUCUCCAGGAUAAACAGGUGGAAAUGCUGGAGCGGAAGUACGGGGGACGUUUCAUAACCCGACAUGCUGCCCGGACCAUCCAGACAGCUUUCCGCCAGUAUCAGAUGAACAAGAAUUUUGAGCGCCUCAGGAGUUCUAUGUCUGAAAACCGCAUGUCCAGGCGCAUCGUCCUUUCCAAUAUGAGGAUGCAAUUUUCCUUCGAAGGACCUGAGAAAGUCCACAGCUCCUACUUUGAGGGCAAGCAGCUCUCCUUGAGUGACGACGGCACUAAGCUGGCGCAGUCAGAGCGUGGCGACAUGGUACCCGUCAACGUUAAGUCACAGGCAGGACAGAGCGACUUCACGGAUGCCAUCACCGAGCUGGAAGACGCCUUCUCCAGGCAGGUGAAGUCACUGGCUGAGUCAAUUGAUGAUGCACUGAACUGUCGUAGCUUGCAUGGUGACGAAGGGCAAGAUGAAGUACAAAGGGGUCAUGGUGACCUGGAUAGAGACAUCACGUAUCAGGUCAAACCUUCACACAGUGGAGACCGACGCAAACUUGAUGAGAUGACUGCAUCAUACAGUGAUGUGACCCUUUACAUUGACGAGGAGGAACUGUCACCCCCCUUGCCUCUCUCGCAGUCUGUAGGGGACAGGACGUCCAUGGAUCCAGAACUGCAACUGCGUGCACUAAACUCCUCGCAGGACUAUUGGGUACACAAGGAAGACAAGUGCGACACUGACACUAGCUGUCGCAGCACGCCGUCUCUGGAGUGCCAAGAGCAGAGGCUGCGGAUGGACCACCUGCCUCUGCUCACCAUCGAACCCCCCAGCGACAGUUCAGUGGAGCUAAGUGAUCGCUCUGAGCGUAGUUCCCUAAAACGGCAGAAUGCUUAUGAAAGGGGUGGACCUAGCCAGCAGGGCAGCCCCAAGCGCCAUCCCUCUCAUCCCUCACAUCCCUCUCAUCCUUCCAUCCCCCGAAGAGAUGAUGAUGUCCCCCGGCAUCGACCACGGCAGCUAGAGAGCCACCUGGCCAUCAAUGGCACAGCCAACAGGCAGAGCAAAUCAGAGUCUGACUUCUCAGAUGGUGACAACGACAGUGUAAACAGCACAUCCAACUCUAAUGACACAAUCAACUGCAGUUCAGAGUCAUCAUCCCGGGAUAGCCUGCGUGAGCAAACACUCAGCAAGCAGACAUACCACAAGGAAACGCGUAACAGCUGGGACUCACCAGCCUUCAGCAAUGACGUCAUCCGCAAGCGCCAUUACCGCAUUGGCCUCAACCUCUUCAACAAAAAGCCAGAAAAAGGUAUCCAAUAUCUGAUCGAGCGAGGGUUUGUUCCAGACACCCCUGUGGGUGUGGCUCACUUCCUGUUACAGAGGAAGGGGUUGAGUCGGCAGAUGAUCGGAGAGUUCCUGGGCAACAGACAGAAGCAGUUCAACCGAGAUGUCCUGGACUGUGUGGUGGAUGAGAUGGACUUCUCUGGCAUGGAGCUGGAUGAAGCCUUGAGAAAGUUCCAGGCUCACAUCCGGGUGCAGGGUGAAGCACAGAAAGUGGAACGGCUUAUCGAAGCUUACAGCCAGCGCUACUGCAUCUGCAAUCCUGGUGUAGUGCGGCAAUUUCGCAAUCCGGAUACAAUCUUCAUCCUGGCAUUUGCCAUCAUACUCCUCAACACGGACAUGUACAGCCCUAACGUAAAGCCAGAGAGGAAGAUGAAGCUGGAGGACUUUGUGAAGAAUCUACGAGGGGUUGAUGACGGAGAAGACAUCCCUCGUGAGAUGCUGAUUGGUAUUUACGAGCGGAUCAGGAAACGGGAGCUCAAAACAAAUGAAGACCAUGUGUCCCAAGUUCAAAAAGUGGAGAAGCUCAUCGUUGGGAAGAAGCCAAUUGGAUCACUCCACCAUGGCCUUGGAUGUGUGUUAUCCUUACCACAUCGCAGGCUAGUGUGUUACUGCAGGCUGUUUGAGGUCCCAGAUCCCAACAAGCCACAGAAACUCGGCCUCCACCAGAGAGAGAUCUUCCUCUUCAAUGAUCUUCUGGUGGUCACCAAGAUUUUCCAGAAGAAGAAGAACUCCGUGACAUACAGCUUCAGGCAGUCCUUCUCUCUAUAUGGCAUGCAGGUGCUUCUCUUCGAGAACCAGUUUUAUCCCAAUGGCGUGCGGCUCACAUCAGCCAUCCCCGGUGCUGAUAUCAAAGUUCUGAUUAACUUCAACGCUCCCAACCCACAAGACCGCAAGAAGUUUACAGACGACCUGCGGGAGUCCAUCGCCGAGGUGCAGGAGAUGGAGAAAUACAGGAUUGAGUCUGAGCUAGAAAAGCAGAAAGGUGUGGUGCGGCCUAGCAUCUCGCAGAGCUCUGGUCUGAAAAAGGAGACCGGCAAUGGCAACCUGAGCCGAGCCAGCCUUGAUGACAGCUACGCCAUGGGGGAGGGCCUAAAGAGAAGUGCCCUCAGCAGCUCCUUACGCGACCUUUCCGAUGCAGCUCUGUAUCCUGUAGUACUGCUAGGCAAGCGAGGUCGCCGCAGCAGUGCAGGAUCUCUAGACAGCAAUAUGGACGGCUCCAUCAUUAGCAGCCCUCACAUGAGGCGUCGUGCUGCCUCCAGUCGUGACUGCCCCUCACGCCAGCACUCAAUGCCCAGCUCAUCCUCACUGCUUGGCUCAUUGUUCGGCACCAAGCGGGGCGCCAAGUCCCCCUCUCUGCCCCCGCAGCCUCCUCAUCCAUCCCACCCCACCCUGAUCUCUCACACGCCGCACCCGUCCAACCUGCACCACACAGCUCGCGAGGGCUCAAGCCUAAGCGACUCACAUUCAUCACACCACACGCAGUACUGCCACGUUCAGCAGAACCCACCUCCGUAUCAUCACCACCACCACUACCACCCACCCGCACACGUCCAGUACCACCCCUCAUCCGCAGCUGCCUCUUCCUCCCAUGGCCAUCCACAUGCGCCACACCCCCACGGGCCACAUGCUCAGCACCCGCCCCACCCUUCCCACCUGCAGCACCACCACAGCCAGGCUCCGCCCCCGGCGGCCGGCCCAGGCAGCACAAAGCCCAAACACAGCGGCAUCAGCACUGUGGUGUGAAGGACUGACACUGGGACUGACUUUCCAGAGGCACCUUGGCAGAUUUGCUCUAUAGCUGGCAUGUGGAAGACUGUGGCCCAGGAACCAACUGGGGAAUGAAAACAAAAAAAAGGCAUUGUGACUCAUUUCAUUUAGAGCCCCUUUCCUCUGGGAAGAGAAAGGGGACGCACACUGUGUAGCACUGGCUUUCUCUUCCAGGCUUUCAGAGGGCUGCUAGACCCUGUGGGUUUCCCACCUCCAUUUCCACAUUUCCUUCCCAUCACCAUUCACUUGUUCACGCCCAGGCGAACGCUGCUUUUUCUCAUUAGGGUUGAUUUAUGAUUUUUUUUUUCUUUAAACUUCACACCUGGACAUCUGUCCAACUUUCAUGCAAUGACAAUGCCAAGCAUGCACAAAGACCAUAGCUACUGUUUUAUCUUGUAAUUAAUUGCUUAUGGAGCGCUAUAAAAUACCCUGCUUGCUAAUUAGCAGAAACAAACAGUCUCAGUAGGAUGAUAAUACCUAGAAAUGGAGAGUUUAAAUACAAUGGUCAACAGUCUAGCCAUGAGUAAAGUCACUCACGAAGACGUACGUGUUCCAGUAUUUAAUGUAGCUGUAGACCACAGUUCUCUGUGAAAUAGUUAGCAGUCUUUAAUGUGCCAAUUAUUCAAAAGCAGUUACUGAGUUAGUAAGAAAUGCUUUGUGUAUGUCAUGCAUAUACUAUUUUGUAAAAUAAUCAAUCAAUCAAUCAAUAUUACUGUUGCAGAACAAAAUGCGUCCGAGGCGUGAGAUAAAAAAAAAAAUCUCAGUAUUAUACUCUUGAAGUAGACGAUAUAGUUUCACUGUUAUAAAAACUCAGUCCAACAUUUUUGAUUAGGCGAGCGAGGGCUUGACCUGAAACUCCUCUGGUUGCCUUUGAAGCAAAACUCUGGAAGAUUCCUGAACAAACACAAAGAGGAUCUUCUGUUCCGGCAGAACUGUGUUUACUGCACUCAUCUGCUCAUCACUGAACAAUCAGGAGGCAGAAGAGCAGGAGGAAGGAGCUAGCUAAUGCAGGAAUCCUCCUUAGGCCUUGACUCAUCAGUCUUGGCCACUUAGUGCACCAUGGUUUUAUUUUUUUAACUAUUUUUUUAGGGAUGAAUAAAAUGAUAUGAAGUAAACUGUACAUUUAAAGAUCUGACUGAUGGGGUCUGACUGAUGGGAUCUGACUGAUGGGGUAUUUUGGGGAUAAAAAAAAAAACACAAGCUUUGCUUAAAAGGAUUUAGACUGUUGUUUUUGACUUUAAGGAGGGAGGCUACAUUUCAGAGUGACUAAUUUCUUUCCCCAUAUUUCAAGAGAGUUCUCGCAGGUUCUUGCUGUGCUAUUUGUGUUCUCAGCGGGCUGAGUGAGUGCGUGCCCCUUCAUCCCUGGGUGCUGCUGUUUAUGGUUCUGCAUGCAGCGUAAACUGAAACAGGCUUUCUGCAGUUCUGCUUUUGGUUUGUUUGGGUUUUUUUCUUUCUUUCUUCCUUCCCUUUUUGAUGAAUGCCUUUCACUUGCUCACGAAUCCAGCUAAGUAUUGUAUGAAGUCGUGUAUACCAGGAGUUGAGAUGUGUAUCACAAAAGAUUGAGAAAUGAGGUUUAAAUCAUAUUUUUCCACACACGUCUUCAAUUUUUUGUAACUUUCUUUAUGCUGAAUAUGCUGUGUACAGAAAGGAGUCAAAUCUGAUGACCGUGAUCUUAGCUCAGAUAAGAAAGAUCUAAAUAGCACUUGUCUCAUUUUUGUACGUCUUCACUUAUGUACAGCAACUGUGAUAGAAGUUUGUUCUAUCUGAGAUGAGUAUCAGCAGAAGAGAUUUGCUUAGCAAGUGAUGUUUUAUUUUUCUGUUUGUCUCAUCCUUUUUGUUUGGUUUGUCUGUUUGUCUGGGUUUUUUUGUACUAAUCAUAUGUGCAAUAUGUAUGUUUAAGUUUUGUAAAUGAACAUUUGCAAUCUAGUGACAGACUUUUUUUUUCCCCCCUUUAAGCUUGUCCUUGUCUUUUUAUUCUGCAUUGCUGCUCUCCCUCCUUUUCUCUGUUCUAGCGACUUGCAGUGAGGAAUGUCAACUGAAGUACUCUUGCAUGUAACAUUAUACUGUAAGGAUAUUCUCUAAAUAUUGUAUAUUCCCAGAAAUAUCAGUGUUACCUUUGACUGUUGUUGAAAUUUAAGUGACAUUAAAAGUAUGUAAACUUCUCUUCAUGCGACUGUGUUCCUAUGGAAGUCAUUUUGUCAUAUUUUGUACCAGAAGAUAUUCAGCUAUAGACAAAACUGAAUAGAACCAGCUUAUAUUCCAGCUAUAACGUACACACUGUGUAUCGAGGCUUUAAAAGCAGAUCAAGCUUCUCGGCUGCUGUAAAAGAUGUUCUAUAAUCCUACUACACUUUAUUAUAUGCUGUAGAAUCAUUAACAGAGGUUAUCAACGUGAGAAGUGAUUAAAGCAAAUCACUAAUCACUGUAUUAUUAUUAUUAUUAUUAUUAUUAUUAUUAUUAUUAUUAUUAAUUAUUAUCAAUGUUCCUUGAAUGCUGCUCUCAGAUCCAGGUUCAGGUUUGUAAUUCAUAUAGCAGAGUAACAAUAAAAUCUCAGAUGGACAUUUUCCAUUUUUGCAUAGAUAAUAUUUAACAAGCCAUGCCACAAGAAAUCAUUCAUUUUUAAGAAUCAUAAGAAUUAGAGCAUUUUGAAAUUCCUUGAUUUCUGGGACAAAGUAAGAAAAAAAAUGUCUACAUUUUUUGUUUUCCUCAAACCUUUGGUUUGCAUUGGGUUUUUUUUUUUGUUGUUUUGUUUGUUGGUUGGGGUUUGCUUGUUUGUUUGUUUGUUUGUUUGUUUUACUUGAAUGCAGCAGACAGCAAAUGUAAUGCUUUAAUCGUGUGCAGUACAAGACAUAUGGUCUACAACUCAUAUUUCUCUGCAUGCAUUUUCACAGUUGAUUGAACUGUCCUCGACCAUACACUUUUAUUAUGUUUUGUUCAGCUUAUUCCCUUGUGUUCUGUUUAUAAUUGUUUUUUUUGGUUCUUUGCUUGCUUUUACAUUUUACACGAAUUUGCUGCACAGUAGCAUAUAUUCUGGUUUUACACCAUUGCACUUGUGUAUGUGUGUGUGUGACAAAGAUUGUCACUGUACAUAUGACAAACAUAAGGAAUUGAAGAAGAAAAAAGGCUUUAAAUCUCUAAAAUUGAACUUGAAAGGGAACAAUGUGUGUACAGAGUCGGCAUAUUAUCAGUAUUUAAUUUCUCAUCCAUCAAUUUCAUGGGUAUAUUCUCAUCUCUUUUAAGAGAGUUAUUAACCCACUUCUAUUACCAAAUGUAUUCGAUUUGGCAUUGGAUCCUCUGUAGGUCUGCUGGCUGUUACCUGAAUUUGUCAUAUUUAGUCUGACACACACUGCAUUCCAUCACACACACACACACAUACAAUGUAGCUCAUUUUCUAGACCUAGUUACAGAUCAUGACAGGAGAAUAUUCAUGUUGAUAUGUAUUCUGUUUCUAAGUAGAUUAUGAGACCCUAUAGAUGUAAAUCUAUAACUGUGACCAUGUGAUUAUCACAAAAUAAAAAUAUACUGUCAGAUUCA